AGUUAGCCUGGUGUUCAGAGGUGUCUGUGCAACCUCGGUGCCCAUCACGAUCAAAACACUGAGCAAUCGCAGCUGACUGCUUGCGCUUUAUAACAUGAACCGAAAAAGAAACCACUGCUAUAUAGAAACGGGACAGUCUUCGGAGUCCCAGAGCGCGUUAAUGGACAACACAGGGGCUUUCAACCGUGACGAGGAGGAUUUCUCCGAGCUGGAACCCGAUGAGCAGCUGGUAUGUUCAGUGACCGAGAUCACGGAGCAUCUGGGCAGGAACAUCACGGUGGUGCUGGAGUCCGCGCUGUCCGAGAUACGCAAACUGGUCAACGUUCGAAUCCGCGUCCUGAAGAUGGAGCUCCGCGAGAAAAGCGAAGAGAUCGAGCUGCUUAAGGCCAAACUGGAGUCGACGGAGAAAGACGGAGGAAGAGUUCCCAACUCCAGCAUCCUGGAGUUCAGGAAAUCAGACCACCAACCGGGCCAGAAACACGGUACCGACCCGAAGAAAGCCAAACUCGGGACUCCCGUGGUGAAGAAGGAGAACAUCAACGCGAUCUGCGACUAUCUGAUGAAGGACAAGAACCAGCGCGGUGGUGCUGAAGUGGAGAGCGACCAGAGCGAUCAGGCCUUUGGAUCAGAUCGGGAUAUACGGACCAAACCGCAACCGCACACGCAUCUGAGCCUGUGGACGGACAGCGCUCCCGGAGACACGGACACAGACACGGACAUCUUCAACAUGCUGCCGUCCGCCAGUAAACGCAUGUAUGACUAUGAGUGGAUGGCUGGAGUGGAGCUCAACUCCGAUUUUAAGGGUGAUACGGAAACAAAGUGUGAGAAUGUUCUCGGUGUGGAUGACGAGGAUGAAAAUAACGACUCUGGAGGAGGAAGAGAAAGUUUAAGAUCAGUGUCUGACCCAAACGCUGCCCAUUUUCCUCUGGAAACUCAGGGCUCCCCGCUGGAAGACAGGAGCAGCCCAGCGGAGGACAGUGUGGACAGAAUGGAGCCAGGUCAGCAGUUCUCCGCUCACACAUUCAUUUGCCCCUUCUGUGGAACUCUCUGCCCCGACUCUUCAUUCCUGGAGGAACAUGUAAAGCUCAUGCACCAUGACGAGAGUACCCAGGCUCUGCAGUCCCCUGCGGGUGCUUCCUCCUCUCACACAGAGGGUGAAUUUGGUGAAGUGGGGCGAGUUCUGGUAGGCCCAGAAGGACCUGCCGGGAGGGGAGCACGGGAGAAGAAAGUGGAGGGCGGCUAUGAGUGUGGUGACUGUGGCCGUCAUUUCAACUAUUUGGGCAACCUACGGCAGCACCAGCGCAUCCACACCGGCGAGAAGCCCUUCGUCUGCCCAGAAUGCGGGGAACGUUUCCGGCACGCUGCACGUCUCAAGAGCCACCGGCUCAGCCACAGUGGAGCCCAGAGCCCCUUCCCCUGCCCGCAGUGCGGUAAAGGCUUCCCGGUGUUGUCCGGACUAAAACGGCACCAGCGUGUACAUACGGGAGAGAGCCCUUAUGCUUGUCCCCAGUGUGGUCGCAGAUUUAAAGAGCUUGGUAAUUUAUAUACACACAUGCGCAUUCACAGUGGCGCCACACCCUACUCUUGCUACCAGUGUGGGCGGAGCUUCAGGCAUCUAGGCACAUACAAGAGUCAUCGCUGUAUGCCUGCUGCCCAGUUACCCAGUGGGCAUAGUCCAGCAUGGGCACAGGAGGACAAAGUGCAGACUGGGUAAUAGCAAAUGGAUAAUAUAUCAGAUUUGUUCAUAAAAGGGUUCAGUACUUGCUUAACUGCUGUUUCAGGACCAGUUUCAACUCGCUAAGAGACAAGCUGAACUGAAAAGAGGUGUGAGUGGUUUCAUAAGUGGCCAAGUGGACAGACUCAGACAAGGUUUCAAAAUGGUCACCUACCUGUCUGCAGUGCAGAUAUAACAUUUUGCAUUGUCAUGACAAUAAAAAAACAAUUGGUUACAUAUUGAAGCUGGUUGGAUUACCACGUCUUUCUCGUUCAUGUUGGUGUCACUUUCAACGGUAACUUGCUGCUUGUCAAAUGUUCCUUUUUGAAACAUUUUGCAAUAAUAUGUUCUCAUUUUAAACUUCAGAGGUGUUUAGAUGUCCAUACACAGUAUUUUAAGAUUCCACUUAAUAAAAAUCAUUCAGUGUUUUAUUGUGGAUCUUUUUUACAUUUGUAUUUUUGUAAAGGAGUCGUUCAGAACUUCUGACAGGGUUCGGAACGACAUUGCAUGUAUCCACAAGGUAGUUUACCAGAGCAAAAUACAUGAUACAAAAACAUGGAAUUUAACUAUUUUUAAACUUGGAAGUUGAAUAAUGAGCCUGUCAGUUAGUAUCACUUCCACCCCUUGAAAAAAGUACUAUGGUACAGCAAUGGUCUCAAAUGGUAAUACCAUGGUAUCUUUAUAUAUACCAUGGUACUGAAUAAUUACCAUAUGCAUAAACAGUGCUAUUUACAUGGUAGGAUGUACAUGGUGUGCAUGGUGCUUUAAGGAAUACCAUGGUACAAUGUCAAUAAACAUUGUAAUCAACCUAUUUCCUGAGUGCAGAAGUGUUCCACGAUUCAUAAAAGAAGCCUGUUUUCAUUUUCCGAACUCCAUUGUUUUAAUUUGCAUUGGCAUAUGUUUUUAGCCAGAUGCGAUGUUUAGGAUAUUACAUUUGUAAAACAAACAAACAAACAAACAGAAACAAAAAAAUGUGGCUCCAUAAUGCUGGUACUUAACAGAGUCACGAUGACUCUCUUUUGACAGUGCCGUACCCAUCAAAGUUGUGGGUUAAAGAGUGGGAAGAUGACCUGAAGCGAUGGCCUGUAGUUAGUGUAAUGUUGACAUCAUUAAAGUAAUAGUUCACCCAAAAAUUCAGUCCAGUGGUUUAAUCCAUGUCUUCUACAGUAAUCUAAUCAGUUUCGAGUAAUCACAUAUCAAAAUGUAACUCCUUUUUCAAUGUACAUCUUGCCAUUGCAGUCUCUAGGCACAAUCAUGAUUUCAAGCUCGAUUACACUUCCUAGUGCUUGACACAUGCGCAGAGUGCUUGAUGGUGCUAGGAAGUGUAAUCGAGAUUGAAAUCAUGGUCACGCCAAGGAGACCGCUUAUGUCAAGAUUUAUAGUAAAAAGGAGUUAUAUUUUGGUCUGUUCUCAACCAAAACUGAUUUGAUCACUUCAGAAGACAUAGACUAAACCACUGGAGUUUAUGGAUUACUUUUAUGCUGGAUUUAUUUGCUUUUUGGAGCUUCAAAAUAUUGGUCUCCAUUAACUUGCUUUGUAUGGACCUAUAGAGCUGAAAUAUUCUGAAGUGUUCUGCAGAAGAAAAAAGUCAUACAUAUCUGGGAUGGCAUGAGGAUGAGUAAAUGAGAGAAUUUUCGUUUCUGGGUGAACUAUCCCUUUAAAAACUUCGAGUGAUUGUUCUCCAUCUGGAUCGCUUGUUUUGGUAGUUUUUACAUUGCUUCUUAUGGAGACCGGAACCAGAAAACAGUCAAGCGGCAAAAUCCAAUCAUAAACAUGUAGUCUGAAAAACAUUGUCUUUAACACGAAUCCCUGUGGAAAUAGACUAAAAGCUAAAACAAGAAAUCCAGUUUUGAUCUGUAGUUUGUCUCAGCAGAAACAUGCUAAUUGCUGUGUUGUUGGGGAUAGUCAGCACCGUAUCACACCUCAGGUUUGCAUUAUGCUUUGGAGCACAUUUAAAAAGGGUGCCUGUGUGUGAGAUGUUGAGUGCUGCCAUCGUGUGGAUGAUUUGUAUUAUUGCAUCAAGGUCUUUGGAUAUCCAUCCAUCUUCUAUAGCCACUUGUCCUAUGUAGGGUCGCAGGUAGUGUUGGAGCCUAUCUCAGCCGUCUUGGGCCAAAGGCAGGUAAACACCCUGGACAGGUGGCCAGUCCAUCACACUCUAACUCACACCUACGGGCAAUUUAGGGUCUUCAAUUAACUUAACCUGCAUGUCUUUUGGGGAAACUGGAGCACCCGGAGGAAACCCACGGAGAACAUGCAAACUCCACACAGAAAGGCUCGGUUGAGCCGGGACUCGAACCCAGGACCUUCUCGCUGUGAGGCGACAGUACCCUGCCGCCUAUAUUUACAAUAUUAACACCUUUUUUAUUAGUGAAUUUGUUUGCAUAUGUCUUCUACAUGUAUUUUAAAAACGUAUUUAUGAUAAAUUUGGCAAAUAUAUUGCUGAAUGGAAACAUAUUGCUCAAAUGGCUUUUCAAAAGGUCUUAAGACUGUUAUAAUUUGGGCAUACAUAAAUAUGAAGAGGACGCAAGGAAGCAUUCCAAGUGUUAAAAAUCCAAACAAUACUUAAUUCAGACUUUACAUAUUUUUCUAUGGAGCUUGUUCUCAUAAAAUAUCGGAAUAUAUGAUUGUUAAAGAGCACAGAAGGCUAUACUAUGUCAGUUCUCACAAAUGGUCCGUGAAAGACAACUGAAAUAAUACAAAAAGAGAAAUAGUUCUGGUUGUUUAUGUAUUUGUAAGAGGCUAAUGACAUGUGAUGACAUCAAAGCAUAUUAAAAACA